AUGUUUGGUUUGAGGAAAUCACCGGCGGCGGCAAAGCUUCCCAAGCAUAACUCAGUUGGUCCUGGAUUUCUCAACUCUACCAAGCCAAAUCCUUUUGAUUCAGAUGAUGAAUCGGACGACAAACAUACCCUAAACCCCUCAAAGAGGACUUCCUCUGCACCCUUUUUGGAUGAAAUGACAAACCCUUUUGAUGGUGAGGUUAAGAAAGGACCUAGUUCAUCGAAACAGUCUUUGACUUCGAACUCAAAGUACCAGUACAAGAACAACUUCCGCGAUUCUGGAGGUGUUGAAAACCAGUCGGUUCAGGAGCUUGAGGGAUAUGCUGUGUACAAGGCUGAGGAGACGACGAAAUCUGUACAGGGUUGUUUGAAGGUUGCAGAAGAUAUAAGGUCAGAUGCUACUAGAACUUUGGUUAUGUUGCAUGACCAGGGCGAGCAGAUCACAAGGACGCACCAUAAAGCUGUUGAAAUCGAUCAAGAUCUUAGCAGAGGUGAGAAGCUUCUUGGAAGCCUUGGAGGCAUGUUUUCAAAGACUUGGAAGCCGAAGAAGACUCGUCCUAUCAAUGGUCCUGUGAUAACUAGAGAUCACUCACCAACGAGAAGAGUUAACCACUUGGAGAAAAGGGAAAAACUGGGACUGAGCCCAGCACCAAAAUCACAAUCAAGAACCCGAGAACCUCUCCCUGAAUCAGCUGAUGCCUAUCAGAGAGUGGAGAUGGAACAAGCAAAACAAGAUGAUGGGCUUUCAGAUUUGAGUGAUAUUCUGGGGGAGCUAAAGAGCAUGGCAGUCGACAUGGGAAGUGAAAUCGAAAAGCAGAACAAAGGACUUGAUCAUCUUCAGGAUGAUGUUGACGAACUCAACUUCAGAGUCCAACAAUCUAACCAACGUGGCCGCCGUUUGCUUGGGAAGUAG